UGCUAUUCAUCAAAGUAUCUAUCUGCUUGUUAGUUCUAACUACUGGUUUAAGCGCCAGUUUUGUGAAUGACAAAUUUUUAUUUUCUUUGCCUGGAACAUUUACCUUAGCAUCAUGGAUUGCACUGAUGAUUUUGGCAAUUGAAAGGUGGUCGUGCACGCACUGGUAGCUAGCAUACGAGAAGAAAAACGCAGGGUGCAGUGUGCAAAGUUUCCAGAACAGAUGAGCCUUCCUUCCAUGUUGCGAAUGAGCGAGCGGCAUGUCUAGAAGGAAUGCACGGUCCAUUGUUUAUCCAUCUCAUCUCUCACCAGACCGCCGAAGGUUUCUAAAUCCCGGGCACUUACCGCGUGAGAUGAAGCCGAAGGAACCGCUGCCGCGGCUACAUAAUCCACAUUUACCAGCAUAAAGUUGGGCGCGGUCCAGUCCACGCCCACGUACGUACGUCCGUCCGUCUCCUAGCUAGGUGUAUAUACGUACGCUACGUACGUAGCCAUGGCGGCUAAGAUGGUGAUCAACCUGGGGAGCUCGCGGCGGAGGAAGCGCGGGGAGGUGCUGUUCCGGUUCGAGUCCUUCUGCCAGCCCGGCUACCCGGCCCAGCUCGCCGGGCCCUUCCGGGACAACGUCAGGACCCUCCUGGGCUUGGCCCACCUGGAGGCCGGCGUCCAGGGCGAGACCAGGUGCUGGUCGUUCCAGCUCGAGCUGCAGCGCCACCCGCCCACCGUCGUCAGGCUCUUCAUCGUCGAGGAGGAGGUCGCCGCCUCGCCGCGCCGCCAGUGCCACCUCUGCCGUCUCAUCGGUUGGGGUCGGCACCUGAUAUGCAGCAAGAGGUUUCACUUCUUGUUGCCCAAGAGGGAAUCCACGGUGGAAACUGAUGGGCUGUGCUACGGGAUCAGCAGCAGCCACGGCGGCGGCGGCACCGAGAAAGCGUCGUCCAAAGGGGGGACGGGGACGGCUAGCUCCAGGGGACACCUGCUCCACGGCGUCGUGCACCUCAACGGCUACGGCCACCUGGUCGGCCUCCACGGCUUCGAGGGCGGCUCCGACUUCGUCUCCGGCCACCAGAUCAUGGACCUAUGGGACCGCAUAUGCUCAGCCUUACACGUAAGGAAGGUGAGCCUUGUGGACACGGCGAGGAAGGGGCACAUGGUGCUGAGGCUGCUGCACGGCGUGGCGUACGGCGACACCUGGUUCGGGCGGUGGGGUUACAGGUACGGGCGGCCGAGCUACGGCGUGACGCUGCAGUCGUACCAACAGUCCCUCCACGCGCUCCAGUCCGUCCCGCUCUGCGUGCUGGUGCCGCACCUGGCGUGCUGCUUCGGCCAGGAGCUCCCCAUGGUGGUGACCAAGUACCAGGCCAUCAGCGGCCACAAGCUGCUCGACCUCGGCGACCUCCUGCGCUUCAUGCUCGAGCUGCGCACCCGCCUCCCGGCCACCUCCGUCACGGCCAUGGACUACCGCGGCAUCAUGUCGGACGCGUCGUGCCGCUGGUCGGCCAAGCGCGUGGACAUGGCGGCCCGCGCCGUCGUGGACGCGCUCCGCCGGCCUGCCUCCGCCUCCGACCGCGCCCCGGGCAUGCCCGCCGCUCCCCGGUGGGUCACGCGGCAGGAGGUGCGCGACGCGGCGCGCGCGUACAUCGGCGACACGGGGCUCCUCGACUUCGUGCUCAAGUCCCUCGGGAACCACAUCGUGGGCAACUACGUGGUGCGGCGCGCCAUGAACCCCGUGACCAAGGUGCUCGAGUACUGCCUGGAGGACGUGUCCAGCGUGCUCCUGAGCCACGGCGGCAAGAUGAGGGUGCGGUUCCACCUCACGAGGGCGCAGCUGAUGAGGGACCUGGUGCACCUGUACCGGCACGUGCUCAAGGAGCCGCCGACCCAGCUGCCGCUCACCGCCUCCGCCGGCUCAGGCGCCGCGGCGUUCGGCGCGAUCCCCGUGGCGGUGAGGAGGGUCCUGGACGUCAAGCACUUGGUCAAGGACUACCACGAAGCGAUCAUGGCCGCCGCGACGGCCAACAACAGCGUCGGAGGAAUCGUGGGUCACGUGUACGUGAACAUGUGUUGCACCCUGGUGGUGAGGGACGGGAGCCCGGAGCUGGUUCCCCCCUACGAGACGGUGACCGUGCCGGCGCACGCCACGGUGGGGGAGCUCAAGUGGGAAGUGCAGAGGCUGUUCAGGGACAUGUACCUCGCUCUCAGGACCUUCACGGCCGAGUCCGUCGUGGGGAUCGGGAUCGGCCCGCAGCAGGAGGCCAGCCCGGUGCUCGGGCUCAUCGGCGUCGGGAGCACCGUCGUGGUCGAAGGCGUCGUUGGCUCGCUGCAGCCCGCUGAGGAGGAGGAGGAGAGCGACGAGCAGAGGAACGGAGCGGUGUGCGAGGGGAGCGACGGCGAGCGGGUGGUGGACUGCGCGUGCGGCGCGGACGACGACGACGGCGAGCGCAUGGCGUGCUGCGACAUCUGCGAGGCGUGGCAGCACACGCGAUGCGCGGGGGUCGCGGACGCCGACGACGUCCCGCACGUCUUCCUCUGCAGCCGCUGCGACAACGACGUGCUCUCCUUCCCGUCCUUCAACUGCUAGGAAUAGGAACUUCGCUUCUGCUCCCGGUACAAUCGCAUCAACGUUGCUGCGAUCUGCCAUGAUGUGGCUGCUUAUCAUAUACAUGUAGUCGAAAAACUUUAUCGAUUUG